AUGGGGUUGUACUACACGAUUGCGUUCUACCAAGAACGGAUCAUGAUGGUGACCAACUCACACAUUAUCAGUGCUGGACGAUUCGGGCUUUUUGUAAUCAUUAUCUUAUUGCACAUUGCAACCCUGGCAAUCAACUACGUCAACGGGACUAGGAUUGCUGAAUUUCCACGAACGAUUCAGAACAUUGAUCGACAGAUAUCGAUUCUCUUCCAUCACACAUGGAACUAUCAGAAAGAGCACCUAGCUAAUAUUGUGUUCAUCGUUAUCAGAUUCGCGGAGUGGUUUGUGAUCAUUCGCGUCCUUCAGUACACAAUUGAUCCCUUCGGAACUGCCAAGUUAAUCGAUGGCUUGAUCAUGACUACAGCUUUCAAUUGGGUGAACAUCGGCUAUCAAGUAAACGCAGUCAGCUGGUUGAUAAUUUUGAGCACCAUACGGAAAAGGUUUUCGGUGUUAAAUCAUCAUUUGAGAAUGACCCUUUUGGACGACUCAAUACCACACAAAGACCCGCACCAGCUUCACAGACUCACCCUGAAGCUCGGCAUCCUACAUAGUCAGUUGUGCGAUACCGUUGACUGUUUCAAUCACUGCCACUCGACAACGAUGAUGUUUUCCUUAGCACCAGCCUUCGGUUUCACGGUGUUUUCGUGGUUUGGACUGAUUCACGCGUACGCAGCCAGAGUCGACGAGUUAGUUCUUCACUCCUGGACGACAGUGACGUUGAGUUUCAACUAUAUUUCGUUCGUGUUCUAUGUUGUAUUGUUUUCCGCAAAAGUUAAUGACCAGAUCAAGCAGACGGCAAUUGUCGUUCACAAGGCCAUUGGUUAUCGUACAUAUGAUAAGGAAGAAAGUCGACAGUUGAAAAAGUUUUCGCAACAACUUUGGCAUCAUUCACCGAGUAUAGUUUGUGAAUUGUUCGCUUUUGAUUGGGAACUUGUUUAUACUAUGAUUGGGUCGCUCAGCACGUAUCUAGUGAUUCUUAUGCAAUUCGAUCUGGUGAACUACUCAAAUUAUAAUACUACAACGAAGCACUAG